AUGAAUAAAAAAGCAAGACAAAAUAAAUUUGUUACUUUUUAAAUGAACGGUUAAGAAUGGAGUUUUCAGGUGGAAGAAAUUAUUCAAAACAAGGUCGGAAGGAUGAGAGAUAUUCCGAAAACAAGGACAAAACAAAAAGCAGAAAAGAAAACGUACCAGUACACUUACCACAAGUAAACCAAAGAAUUUUAAGACAGAGAAAUGGCUUAACAGUUUCAAGAGCAUCAUCUCCGCAUAGAUACGCAACAUUUGAUCAGAGAGUAUUAGAUGCCAUCAGAAAACAACAUGGUAUGGCUCCGUUGUACAGUAGUACAGAAAACGAACAUAGAAUAUCAAUGAAUCAUGUUUCUUCAUUUGCACAUGUGCCAAACACUAGAAUUAACAAUCGAAUAGUUAGACAUGAUGGGUACGAGAAAACGGGUCUGAAUGAACACCAUGUACCGCAUAAAAGAACAGAAAUCAGGGAAAAAGAGAGAAAUAAUAAAGAACAAAAGAAGGAGCAUCCAGUAACUACCGUUCCCGUAAAACUUAAAAACUUUUCAGAUAAAGACACUGUGUUGACAGACACACUACAGAGUAAAGUCAUAGAGAACAUAUCUUGUGGACAUCAGUGCUUAGGGUCGCUGUAUGGCACACUUACAAAUCCAAAUGCCAAUCGUUCAAAAGAUGAAUUACUGGAACAUGCGAAAGAUUUUUUUCAACAGUAUUACACUAGCCUUAAAAGCAAUGAUUCAUCUGAACAUCGAAAAAGGUGGGACAAUGUUGUUUCGUCCGUAAAUAAAACAGGGACAUAUGAUUUGACUAUUGAUGAGCUGGAGUUUGGGACAAAACAAGCAUGGAGAAACGCACCAAGGUGUAUUGGAAGGAUACAAUGGGCUAAUCUACAAGUCUUUGAUGCUCGCAACGUGAGGACAGGACAGGGAAUGUUUGAAGCAAUUUGUCGGCAUAUUAAGUACGCAACUAACAACGGUAAAAUCAGGUCUGCGAUAACGGUGUUUAGGCAAAGAACAGAUGAAAAACAUGACUACCGGGUAUGGAACCAACAGCUCAUUAGUUAUGCAGGAUACAAACAGCCUGAUGGCACCGUUAUAGGGGAUCCUAUAAAUGUUGAUUUCACGGAGACUGUUUCAAAGAUGGGCUGGAGAGGACGAAAUGGUAGAUUCGAUGUUCUUCCAAUAAUUGUACAGGCAAAUGGAGGUGCUCCCGAGUGGUUUGAAAUACCCUCAGAAUUGAUAUUGCAGGUUCCAAUAAAACAUCCAAAAUAUCCAAAGUUCAACGAACUUGGUUUGAAAUGGUUUUGCGUUCCAGCUGUUUCUAAUAUGAAAUUUGACUGCGGUGGGUUAGAAUUCACAGCAUCUCCUUUCAAUGGUUGGUACAUGAGUACUGAAAUAGCUUGCAGAGACUUCUGUGAUAAACAACGAUAUAAUCUAAUAGAGGAAAUAGCAGAAGCACUUGGACUGGACACUAAAAGCAAUCCAGCGGCAUGGAAAGAUAAUGCUGCAGUUGAGACAAAUAUUGCGGUUCUUCAUAGUUUUCAGACAAUCGGUUGCACUCUAGUUGACCAACACACAGCGUCAGAACAAUUUAUGACCUUUAUGCACAAUGAGUACAAACAACGUGGAGGGUGCCCUGCAGACUGGGUAUGGUUAGUGCCACCUAUCAGUGGCAGUUUGACGCCUGUUUUUCACCAAGAAAUGACCUUGUUCAAAUUAAAGCCGUCCUACGAGUACCAGGAUGAAUUAUGGAAAACUUACGGUCUGAAGAAGAAUGGUAACAAAACAAAACAACGUAAAACAAAACUACGGUUCAGGGCUAUUGCAAGGGCUGUGACUGCAUGGACAGCUUUGAUGACGAAAGCACUUUCCAAAAGGAUUAAGUGUACCAUUUUGUUUGCGACAGAGACGGGUAAAGCAGAGAAAUUUGCCAAUACUUUGCACAAAAUAUUCAGACAAACAUUUAAUUCUAGGAUGUUGAAAGUGGAAAGUUAUAAUGUACUGGAGGAGUUGAGAUCCGAGCAGUUGGUAUUGUUUGUUGCAAGUACAUUCGGAAAUGGGGAUCCUCCAGAAAAUGGAAAGACCUUUGCUAAAGCUCUCCCAACAGCGAAAGACAGGUCAACACAAAGAAAUGGCAUGCAUCCUGCUGUGGCUAGUCGAAACAGCAUGUAUCAAAAUAGUAGUUCUAUGAACGGAAACAAUGCUGGGUUAGGACAUCUGAAAUUUUCCGUGUUCGGUCUUGGUUCCCGAGCAUAUCCAAAAUUUUGUGAAUUCGGACAUUUCAUAGACAAAACGAUGGAAGGUUUGGGAGCCUCAAGAAUUCAUGUUAUUGGAGAAGGUGAUGAACUAUCUGGUCAGGAACUUUCUUUUAGAGACUGGGCAAAGAAUGUCUAUCAGGUGUCGUGCAAUUACUUCAAAGUUGGAAACAAACAGGGCUUGAAUGAUGCCGCCGAUGUUUUGGCAAAUUCAGACAUGACAUGGCGCCCUGACAAAUUCCGAGUGAUAGAUAUUCCAAGGAAAAAGCGUAUAUCAUUAUCACAAGAGCUGUCCAAGGUGUUUGGAAAAAACGUUUCCAAAUGUAGACUGAAAGAUAGAGUUAAUCUAGGAGACAGACAUUAUAGUCGGCAGACAAUUCUAGCUAGGAUAGACAUUAGAGAUGACAACGAUGCUAUGAGAUACAGUCCAGGGGAUCACGUGCUGUUGUUCUCAAACAAUCAUCCAGAUCUUGUUAAUGGCAUUAUUAAACAUCUGAAGGACGUCACAGCAAGCGAUUUGAUACAAUUACAACAAAAUACCUCUGAAGAUGUAAAGGUCAACCAAACGGGAAGUCAAAACUACUGGGCAGAUUAUGGUCGCUUUCCACCAUGUUCAUUAAAGGACUUGCUGAGCAGAUAUCUCGACAUAACAACACCUCCAACCCAGGAAUUUCUAAGCAUUCUAUCGGGUCUAGCAGCAAGACAGGAGGACAAGCAGAGAAUAAAAAGAAUUGCAGAGAAUACAAGCUACUAUGAAGACUGGAAAAGUCAUGGAAUGCCAAAUAUCUUGGACGUUCUGAGAGAGUAUCCAUCGCUUCAAGUGACACCAGCUUUCCUUAUAUCACAGCUACCACUCCUUCUACCUCGUUAUUACAGUAUAAGUUCGGCGUUGGACGCAACACCAGGCGAAGUUCAUGUGACAGUUGCCGUUGUAGAAUAUCAAACGCCAGAUGGAAGAAAGCAUAAAGGUGUUUGCAGUAAUUGGUUGAACACUCUACCUGUCGGACAGGACAUAUACUGCUCCGUAAGAUCGGCACCACUGUUUCAUCUGCCAAGUGACCAGAAAGCUCCGAUUAUAAUGGUUGGUCCUGGUACAGGUAUAGCACCAUUUAGAAGUUUCUGGAUGCAACGUAAAAUUAGCAUAGAACUCGCAUCUCGAAGUAGACAGAGGGUUUCCUUUGGUGAAACGUAUCUAUAUUUUGGUUGUCGACACACCAUAGCAGACAAUAUCUACAAAAAUGAACUGCAACAACGUGAAAACGAGGGAAUCCUGACCAGAUGUUACUUUGCAUAUUCUCGUGAGCAAGGAAUGAAAAAGACAUAUGUUCAAGAUUUGAUCCAAAGAAAUGCGACAGAUGUAUUCAGAUUGAUAGUAAAAGAAAAUGGACAUUUCUACAUUUGUGGCAGCAUUCAGAUGGCGUCUGACGUUAAACAGAUGUUACGAUAUGUGAUUCAAACAAUAGGCAGGUUACCUGAUCCUCAGGUCGAUCAAUAUAUGGAUAGAAUGAAGGAUGAGAACAGACUGCAUGAAGACAUAUUCGGUCUAGCUGUCAGAUUAAAGAAAAGAUAAAAACUAAUGCACGGGUUAUAUAUUUUAACUGUCAAUGUACCAUCUGUGGGAGAUUGUUAUACAGAAGCAGUUAAAAUUAUACUGAUUUUAAUUUGACUGUUGUUUUUAAUUUUAUGCUAAAAUACUGUGAUAUGUUUUUUUUUUAUUUAUACAUUUUGUAUUUACAAACUGUGAGAAGUAAUUGCACUUUUUUUUAAACAUUUAUGGAGUUUAUAUUACAAUGCAAUUUCCCAUUUCAGAAUCUAAACUUGUGUAGUUAAUAUUCUUAAAAGCGAACACAACAAAGUCUUGAUUGGUAAACAAUGUGCAAAAUAAGUGAUAUUCACCCAAUGGCGUACAGCGUUAUGUUCAUUUCCGCGUGCAAAAAAUAAAAUUACCCACAAGUCUUUCGAUUCUGAAACGGCAAAUUAAUGUGUGUGUGUGUUUUUUUUUUAUAUUUGCCUUAUACAAUAUAUUCUUUUUUAUUACUAGUAUGAAGAAAUAAAUAUUCUACACUUUUAUAUAAUAUAGUUGGAUU